CUUUCAUAUGAAUAGUUCUACACAAGCAUGAAUUAGAUAUUACUAAUUAAACUAUUAAAGAACUCGACCUACAAAACUGUCUAUAUAUUUCCCUCUUUCGAAUUACGUAUCUGUGUCAAAGAUUGUCAUCACCAAUCUACAUAUUUUUAUUCAUCAGUACCAUACACGUAUAUAUAAUAUAUCUAUUUCAAAUAUAAAAAAAAACUUUGGAAAAAUAAAAAUGGUGUUUAAAUCAGAAAAAUCAAACCGGGAAAUGAAAUCAAAGGAGAAGCAAAGGAAGGGAUUAUGGUCACCCGAGGAAGAUGAGAAGCUUAGGAGUCAUGUCCUCAAAUAUGGCCAUGGAUGCUGGAGUACUAUUCCUCUUCAAGCUGGAUUGCAGAGGAAUGGGAAGAGUUGUAGAUUAAGGUGGGUUAAUUAUUUAAGACCUGGACUUAAGAAGUCUUUAUUCACUAAACAAGAGGAAACUAUACUUCUUUCACUUCAUUCCAUGUUGGGUAACAAAUGGUCUCAGAUAUCGAAAUUCUUACCAGGAAGAACCGACAACGAGAUCAAAAACUAUUGGCAUUCUAAUCUAAAGAAGGGUGUAACUUUGAAACAACAUGAAACCACAAAAAAACAUCAAACACCUUUAAUCACAAACUCACUUGAGGCCUUGCAGAGUUCAACUGAAAGAUCUUCUUCAUCUAUCAAUGUCGGAGAAACGUCUAAUGCUCAAACCUCAAGCUUUUCGCCAAAUCUCGUGUUCUCGGAAUGGUUAGAUCAUAGUUUGCUUAUGGAUCAGUCACCUCAAAAGUCUAGCUAUGUUCAAAAUCUUGUUUUACCGGAAGAGAGAGGAUUCAUUGGACCAUGUGGCCCUCGUUAUUUGGGAAACGACUCUUUGCCUGAUUUCGUGCCAAAUUCAGAAUUUUUGUUGGAUGAUGAGAUAUCAUCUGAGAUCGAGUUCUGUACUUCAUUUUCAGACAACUUUUUGUUCGAUGGUCUCAUCAACGAGCUACGACCAAUGUAAAUGUUCGGAGAGAGGUCCAAGUAAAUAUAGUUUAGGGUUUAAUUUAAGUAGACGGGGAUAAAAAAGAGUACAUAAACAAAUACUUUGUAUGCCCAACAAAUCUGUAAUUUCUUCACUAUAUAAAGUUAUAAACAUUCCUUUUACGUUUUAUUUUGUUGUCAAAAUCCUUCGCGUUUUCUUAUUUGAUAAUUCGACUAAGAACAUCAAUUAG